UCAUGUGAUUGGUUUCACUUGCUCAUCUUUCAUUCUGAUGACUGCCUUUCUUGCUGUACACACCUCAUUUUGUCACAGGUAAAAUGAACAUGAACAUGGAUCCAUUCGAUGAGAUGUCCUGGGGAACCCUGGGGACAAUUAGGCCCUUCUUUAACUUCAAUGCUGAGAGGGAUGCUCAGGACAUUCAAGCUGCCCUGGAACAAAAAGGUACAGUGUCUAUGAGCAAUGAUGCAGUGACUUUGGUAAAAAUCCUGACUAACUGUGACAAUGCACAAAGACAAAUCAUCGCUCAGACCUUCAAAAACAUGAAAGGCAAGGAGCUGAUCACUGGGCUGAAGGAGGCUGUGUCUGGAGAGCUGGCGGAUUUGCUGUCAGCCCUGGUCAUGACCCCACUACAGUUCGAGGCUUACCGCUUGAUGCAGGCCAUGGAGGGUAUUGGUACAGAUGAGGAGGGCUUGCUAGAGAUUCUGUGCACCAGGUCACCCCAACAGCUUUCGAAAAUUUCUGCUAUCUACAAGGAAGACUAUAAAAAGGACCUAGAGGAGGACCUGAAGGGUGAGACCAGUGGGCACUUUGCCAAACUGCUUGUGGCCUUACUCAAGAAGAAGGUGAUAGUGGGAGAGGUACAAACUGACACUGAGGUUCUUUCUGAAGCUAUCAAUAAGGCGAAGGCGGAUCCCGGUCCAUGGAUCACUGUUCUGACUAGCAGAGACUCUGACCAUCUUAACCAAGUGUUUGACAAUUUGGAGAGUGAAAAGCAUGAGGCAGUCGUUGAAGCAAUAGAGAAAGCAUUCUCUGGAGAUCUGAAGCUUGGGCUGCGAACGUUAGUGCAUUGCAUACGGAAACCACACCUAUACCUGGCUCAAAGGCUGGAUACCAAGAAGACAGCCAUUGUCCAGGGCGUAAUGGUGUCCCACAGCGAGGAGGAUCUGCUUUGUGUGAGAGUGGCUUAUCUUAAACAGACAGGCACCACACUCUACACAGCAUUACAGAGACAAUUUAAAGGAGUCCAUCUACAAGCACUGCUUUCUAUCUGUCGAUCUGAAGACUAGAGUAAUGCAUACUGUUUACAAGCUCCGCCUACACCUUAUUCCUCAUAAUUGGUUUUCUUAUUAACAGUGUAUUGCUCUUUGUUGGUCAUACAUAGUAAUAUGAGACAACAACCAAAAAUAUCUAUUGCCAAUGCGCAUAAUUUGUGUAUCAUAUUUUUAAGUAAAAUCACACUUUCUAUUAUACUGUUCUACCAUUGUUUACCAGAGUAGGGGAUACUAGAGUUUGUGUAGCUCUCCCUUACCCAUUUUCAAAAAUCAUAAACACUUGUUUAUGUAUACUCCCAUAAACUUUAAUAAAGAAUGCAUUUUAACAGAGAAAUUCCUUCCAUCUCAUUGUUUUGUCACAUGAAUUGACCAGGUGGAUUAAUAAUUAUGAAGAAUGAACAUAUUUUAUUGUUCUGUUUGGGAGUAGCAGC